CAUUAUCUUCUGAUAUCUAUAGUUUUGGUAUAAUUAUGGCAGAAUUAUCAUCUGGAAGAUCUCCUUUUUAUAAUAGAAAACAUGAUUAUAGCUUAGCAUUAGAAAUAUGUAAUGGAAUCAGGCCUGAAUUUGGAAAGGGAACUCCUGAAAUUUAUAAAAAAUUAGCAUAUAGAUGUAUGAGUGCUAUUCCAAAUCAAAGACCAACAGCUAAUAUUUAUCAAGAAGAGGAAAAUUUUGGUUAUAAGGGAAAAGAAAUUAAAGCUACUUUUGAUGAAGCUAAUAAAGAAAUACCAAAUAUUUCAACUUCACAUGAAAAAAAUCCUGAUGCCGUAUACACAAGUAGGGUAUUUACAUUUAGUAGUAAUUUGCCAAAACCUAUUAAUUCAUCUAUUAUUACUUCGUAUCUUGAUGAAGAUAAUAAAGAAGAUUCUAAAUUAUUUGAUUUAGAGGUUUCUAGUUAAUUAUAUUCAAAAUAUAACAUAAUUAUU